UGGGAGACUGACUGGCCAGACGACGGAGGUGGUGGAGCGCGUACGGCUGACGUCCGACCGACCGACGACGGUCGAAAGGGGCGCAGCCACCAUGGCGCUCGGGGGCACUCGCGGGCUCAGGGCCCUCUGGGGGCUGCCUGUCGGCGUCGCAGCGCUGCUCCUGUUGUUCUUUUCCGCGGCCGCCGCUCAGGAACCGUCCGGAGAGGCUUGUUCUCAGAACACGAACAGGACCUGUGAGGAGUGCCUGAAGAACGUCUCUUGUCUGUGGUGCAGCACGAAUAAGGCGUGCUUGGACUACCCCGUGCGCAGGGUGCUGCCUCCCAGCUCGCUCUGUGCACUGAGCUCUGCGCGCUGGGGCGUCUGCUGGGUGAACUUCGAGGCACUGAUCAUCACCAUGUCGGUGGUGGGGGGAGCCGUGCUGCUGGCCGUGGCCGUGUGCUGCUGCGCCUGCUGCUGCCGCAGGAAGAGGAGCCGGAAGCCGGAUAAGGAGGAGGAGAAGGCCGCGCGGGAGCGUGAGGAGCGCAGGGUCCGCCAGGAGGAGAGGAGAGCAGAGAUGAAAUCAAGACACGAUGAAAUCAGAAAAAAAUACGGUCUGUUUAAAGAGGAAAACCCGUACGCCAGGUUCGAGAACAACUGAGCCGUGCAGCCAUCGUGCCCAGCAGUCCCCGAGCAGCACGGGAAGCCGCCGGGGGACCACGGCGCCGUCCCGCAGGCCCGCGAGCUUCCGUUCCUCUUCUCUAUCUGUAUUUAGUCACCGGAGACACGAAGCCCGUCGGGGUCGGUUUUGCUUGUGUUGUUCCUUCCAGGAGGCAGAGCCCAUGCCUCACAGCCCCGCUCCGCUGGGGAGUCCAGUGCAGGCGGGCGGUCUACACCGCUGGCCCCGGCGUCCAUCCCGCCUUCUGUCCCCACAGCGCGCGCCUGGUGUCCCUGUGCCCAACAGCGGGCUGCACGCAGCGGGGGCGAAGGGCCCCAUCACCGCCGCCCCCGUAACCCGGCCCGCGGCCCUGUGCCAUGCGUGGCAGCCUCCCGGGGAGCCAGGCACCCGCACGCGGUGUGCGGGGACGGGCCUCCUGCCCCCGCUGCUCUGAGCGGCAUCGAAGCGCACUUAGACUCGCCUUAAGUCUGUUUUGUUUUCUUCUAUUCCGUUUCAAGUAAGUUUUGGAGUUCAUUCUUCCACCAAAGGGGUUUCCCCCCAAAAUUUUAAUGUCAAAGUUCGGACCACUUAUUGGACAAUUUUUUUAUUUUGAUUUGUAUUUUUACCAGAACAUCAAGAUUUUUUUCAAUGAGAACUUGAGUAAUAAAUGAAGCUUUAGAGCAGCCUGCAAGGGCAGCCGGGGCCCCGGGGGGCCGUCACCGUCUCUCGCUUCUCAACCCUGUUGACAGCAGGUGUCGGGUCCUGUGUGCAGUCACACCAGGCUGUCCCUAGUCAGGCCAUCUGCGCCGUGGUCACGGCGGGGGUGGGGGGACACGGGCCCCCAGGCUGUCCCCGAGGAGGGAGGCCACGCCCUGCAGGCCCCUCUGUGGGGCUCUGCCCACCGGGGAGGCAGGGCGUCCGGUGCCAGCGAGAGGGGUUCCCUCGUACUACACAGAGAGCCUGCUGACUGUCCUUGUCACUCGACCCCCAGCUUGGAGCCACACUGCUCUGGUUGGGACGUUGUCCGCGGCCUCCAGGCCACCCGCCGGGCCUUCCAUUUUGGCUCCAGGCCUUUCAGAGCAACAUCUGUGGCUUCAGUAAAUGACCGUGUCCUUCCUGGCAGGGACAGUGGACCGCGGGGUAACCGUGAGAGCAGCCUCUCUUACUCUGAAAAUAGUCCCGGUUGCCACACUGCUUUGGAUGAGGAAGACUUAGCUUUGGGAACGUGAGUCAACAGGUACAUAAAACAAGAGAUGGAUUUCCCUUUCGCACUUGUGACCGUGCUGUUGGGGACUGCUCUCCAGCGUGUCACAGGAAGUUCUCAUACAGGUCAGCGUGACCCAACACGACCACAGCGCUUGACACCCCCCCGCCCCCCAGCCACGUUGACCCGUGCUGUGAGGUGACAACACAGUCCUGGAAGGGCCACAAGCUGAGACACUAACUACACACUCUUGAGUGUUAUCUUCCUGACUUCUUGGGCAUUUGAUAGCGUUUUUGAAGUAUUAUGAAACAUUCCUAAGCAUUUUGUAGCCGCCUGAAGAUUUUGACUUUCUACUGUUUAUUCAUAAAAGAAUCUUUGUAGCAGACUUCGGCCUCCGUGUUAGUACAGUCACGUCCGUGACGGUGUGGGCUGUGCCUUGUUCCUGCGGCGCAUUGAGUCCCUUCGGGGUACUGAGCCCACCCCAGGGUGUCUGGGAGGCUGUCCGGUCCUCGUGCUUUAUAAAUAGUCCUAGGAGCCGCCAUGUAUCAUAGCCUCAAGGAGACCGUGACCUUCAGAGUGCCUUAAUUGUAACCAGUUUCCAAUAAGUGAUUUAAUACACGCUUUGUUGAGUCCGCUG